UGGGAGAUAAAACAAAGAAAAUUUUACAUGUUCCGUAUAGAGAUUCUAAACUCACCAGAUUACUUCAGGACUCAUUAGGCGGUAAUAGUCAGACAAUUAUGAUUGCAUGCAUAUCACCCAGUGAUUGCGAUUUUAUGGAAACUUUAAAUACUCUAAAGUAUGCAAAUAGAGCCAGGAACAUUAAAAAUAAAGUACAAGUAAACCAGGAUCAAAAUUCCCGCACAAUUUCCCAGUUACGCAGAGAAGUGGCGUCACUUCAAUUAGAGCUUUUAGAAAUAAAGCAAUAAAAGGAUCGAUUACACCAUCCGACACUCAAUAUUAGACACGAACCAGAUGAUAUGUAUAAAUCUAAAACUAGAUCAAAAUCUCAAAGUACAUUUUUAAAAAAUUAUUUCAAAUACUUCUGUAUUCUUGAAAUUCAACAAAUAAACACAUAUUAAUU